AUGGCAUCCCACACAAGGCCCUCGUUGAAUUCUCCUCAAGUGUCAAGUCGUGGCACUCCCAAGAAACCUCCGCUCGGAAAGCGCACUCUCUCAACCGGUCCCAAGCGUGGUCAGGAGUUCUCGGUCGACGAUGCCCAAGAUGAGGUUCAACAAGACAAGGCUUCGUCCUCUUCCAGCCAUGUCCUAAAUCGCAAGGCAUCCACUCUUCGCAGACGACCAACAGCACAACCACCACAACUAGCAAGAGUUGAAUCGGAUGAACGAGAAGAUAGCCCACCACCUAGGCCUCGAACUGCUGAGUCCAGGCAACCCGACUCGGACGAUACCGAAGUCACUUUGCGUCCGGAAGAAGAGGAGGAAGAUGCUGUCUCCGCAAAUGACCGAGAAGAAGAAGAGGAAGGUGAAGAAGACGAAGACGACGAUGCUGAUCUUAGCGACGCUGAGAGCUUCACCCUCAAGGACAGGCAAGAGGCCAUCAACGAAACACAUCCUUUCGGUAUCCGUAUCUGGAAGCCCGCUUUGUACAAGAAGAGUCGUUCGGUCCAGGUCACGGCCGAAGGUGACAUCCAUCAGACUCCUGGUCAUCAUGUUAGUUUCGGCCUUUUGUUCUUCAACGUCCUCUGGACUCUGGUCUUCGGAUGGUGGCUCGCAUUACUCUGUGCUGUCGGUGCCCUGCUUUGCUUUGCUCUACGCUUUACUCCUGGCUGUCACGAAUACGGCUACGUGCUAUGGCAGCUCGCUGGAUACAUCUUCUACCCCUUUGGCAAGUAUGUCAUGCUCGAGCACGAUGAAGCCUACAUGGAGGAAGAUUCUGGCGAAGGACGCAGUAUCUCAGAGUAUGAGAGAUGGCAGACUGGUGACCUGGAAGAAGGCCGUUUGUUCUUCGGUCCCACUGACAUCAACCGUUCCUUGAUCGGUCGUAGAAGAGACAGUGUCGACACUACUCCCGACGAGACUGACAGCUUGCUCGGCCGCCCUGGUAGACGCUCUAGUGGAGAUAAGCAGGAGACCAAGAAGAGAUUGUUCGGUCGUGGAAAGUGGACUGUCGGAAGAAUCAUCUUCUUCGCCGUCUUCUGGGGCUUCAUUACGCCCUCGCUCUGGUUCAUUUCAGGUCUCUGCUGGUUCCUCGUAUUCACCAUUCCUAUGGGCAAGGUCACACUUCUCUUGCACCAUCACUUGAGGAGACAUCCUCUAGCUCUAUCUUUCCACUCGGACACUCAUGACGCGAAUCGUGGAUCGAGCGAAACUUCUUCUAGUGUUCUCCUCUGCACAUAUCGUGCUGUGGGUAGCAGAUACUGGAAGUACACUAUCGAUGGUACUAACAUCUUCCUUAUCAAUCUCUUGAGCAUGGUAGCCUUCGCCAUCUUCGACUUCUAUGUCUUGAGAGAGUAUCUGGAGGUCGAGGCUUUUAUUGCUUCGUCUGGCUUCAUCUUUGUUCUUGGACUUUUCUCUAUCAUUCCUCUGGCCUACUUCAUCGGCCAGGCUGUUGCUUCCAUCUCGGCACAAUCUUCUAUGGGUGUUGGCGCUACUAUCAACGCCUUCUUCUCUACCGUUGUCGAGGUCUUCCUGUACUGUGUUGCACUCAAUCAAGGUAAAGCUCAACUGGUCGAAGGAAGUAUCAUUGGUAGUAUCUUUGCUGGUAUCCUUUUCCUUCCGGGCAUAUCAAUGUGCUUUGGUGCAAUCAAGCGCAAGACUCAACGCUUCAAUGUCAGAUCUGCAGGUGUCACAUCGACUAUGCUGCUCUUUGCAGUUAUUGGAUCGUUCAGUCCCACCUUGUUCUACCAAAACUACGGCAGUCAUGAGCUUGUCUGUCACCAGUGCUUUGGCUCGGACGUGUCAAACGGAGACAGAGACUGUAGACGAUGCUACUUCAACCAAGUCCCUGCUCUCAACGAUCGCUUCUUUACGGAGGCAGUCCGCCCGUAUAUCUGGUUUGCCGCUUUCUUCCUGUUCCUGUCGUACCUCAUCGGUCUCCUCUUCACGCUUCGUACUCAUGCAGCUGUCAUCUGGAAUAUCGAACUCGAUGAGAAGAAGCUGGAUAAAUUGGAGCACCAAGCCCUGCACGUCGAAGCUAGACACGGUAGCAUCCCUGAUACCAUUGUCGUCAAUCCUCAUGCGCACAUGAGUCGUAACAGCACCAUGGGCACGAUCGGAACGCUUUCACGCGGUAAUAUCCAAGAGUCACAGUUGUACAAGCGUAUUCUCGGUCAAUCAUUGAAGCAAGCUGGUUUCGGCAGCUCAGCACCUAGCGAGCAGCACUCACCCGACAAGACCUCAGCACCUACUCUUGGAGGCCCAACACACCUUGUACCGCCCAAGUCCAGCGAAGAAGAUGGUGACAAGAUCCAUCAGCGCAAAUUGCGUAUCCCUGGCCUUUCCGCAGAAGACAACACCGCUCUGGUCCGCCAAGUCGCAGAGAUGGCGGCGACUGCAGCCACUGUUGCCGCUCGUGAUGCAACUCGUGCUCCUCACAAGGCUCAACGAAUGGCCUCCACCAGCGCCGGCAGUGUCAAACAUCACGGCUCCAUCUCCUCAUCCACCGGCCCCUCCGUCCCAGCAACAAAAGGCGCCGCCACCCCCGACGAAGUCGGAGAAGUCCAUGGUGAAGUGCACGAAGCCCCUGCCCAUGAAUCCGGCGGCCACGAUGCUCCAAACUGGAGUCGCACAAAGAGUGCUGUCAUCCUACUCACAGCCACCAUCGCUUACGCCGUCAUCGCCGAAAUUCUAGUCGACACUGUAGAUUCCGUACUCGAACACAUUGACAUUGACGAAAAAUUCCUCGGCAUCACCCUCUUCGCCCUCGUGCCCAACACGACCGAAUUCCUCAACGCAAUCUCCUUUGCCAUGAACGGCAACAUUGCUUUGUCCAUGGAAAUCGGCUCCGCCUAUGCAUUACAAGUCAUGCUUCUCCAAGUCCCCGCUUUGGUCUUGUAUUCAGGUUUUUGGCAACAAUGGAUGGAACCCGAUCAAGUGGCUUCUCACACGUUUAAUCUCAUCUUCCCACAAUGGGACAUGUGUACCAUUAUCCUGGGAGUCUUCUUGAUGGGGUGGGUUGUUGGAGAGGGUAAGAGUAAUUACUUCAAGGGGAGUAUUUUGAUCUUGGCGUAUGUUACUAUACUCAUUGGAUUUUGGUUUAGUAGUUGGAGUAGUGAUGAUGGGGUUAUGGGAGUUAAUCGCUUCGACACACUUGCACUUGGAGACAAGAUUGAGACGUUCAAGACGAUUGGAAAAGCUACUCGAGGACAGGCUUUUGGUUGA